AUGAAGAAGUACACUGGAUUGGACGCUAUAUUUAGAGCAUUCCAACAUCCCAAGGUAAAACAGGCUUUUCCUUUUUCUGCACGUAAAUUAUAAACGUUAUAUUGCUUAAUUAACUCUGUACGUUCACGCAUGGUAAUGUCCUUUUUCUGUAAUUACAGAUGGACAUUCCCAGAGCUCCCGGCCUCGGACUUGUCUUAGACCAGGUAAACAUUUUCAGACUUUUUUGUAAAGUUUUACUUAACGACAAUAUGUAAUAAUUAAUGUUUUAUGAUGUUCUCAGGUUCAUUUUCGAAGUUAUAACGAGAAAUUCGGACGUGAUGGUUUCCACGAACCGUUAGAAUGGAGUGAAUGUGAGGUACUGUAACUCUAAUGAAGUGGUUUUAUUGCCUUGUAUUGUAUUGUACUGUAUUAUUAGGAGGCGUGGUUUUGGUUAGAACUGACAAGUCUUUUUUUCCGUAAGCAAUCGAAAGCGCCCUAGGCAAUCGAAGACAUCUUGCCUGCUUAGGAACAGGAACCGGAUACAGAAAGUAGUAAGGCAAAAUAAAAGAUUAUUUAUUUCCGUUUUUGGUGGCCUAGUGGGGUUCUUGGUGGUCUAGUAGGGUUCUUGGUGGUCUAGUGGGGUUCUUGGUGGUCUAGUGGGGUUCUUGGUGUUUUAGCGGACUAGAAGAUUGUCUGGCAGUACAGCUUCCAACCACUACGUACGUACAGUGGUAUGCUCAGGUUCAAGGUUCGAUUCCUGGUUCACAAUGUGUGUAAACAAGUCAGGGUUGGAAUAGGCCUAGUAAGGGUAAGGAUUAGGGUCGGACUAUGCGGGCAAUGAGAUGCUUUCGAUUGCUGUGUACAGUAUGUAGUACGAUAAUGCAUUUUUGCUGCCUACCAGUCUGUGAACAUAUCAACUUAGCACAACAGUUACUGGCGAUUUUGUACUUUUUGGACUUAUCCAUCAACAUAUAUCAACUUCUCAUGGCACUUGCGGAAGCCAAUUGUCAGUAGGUUAGUGGGGUGGAAUGGAAAAAGACGUGUGCUUUUUUAUCUGUCGCAUCAAUUAAAACAUAAUUCCCUGCAACAAUGUUCAAAUAUUUUGUCGCCAUUGUUGUGUUCUUUCGUAGGAUCAAAUUAAGGAAUUUAAGAAGGAAUUCAUCUAUAGCCAAAUUGUCAACACAGAAGCAUCCACUAACUCGUAUCCUUUAAUGUUAUUUAUGAAUUACUUACUUAGCCUCCUCCGCCGGGCAUCUCUUAAUCGUCGAGAACUUAUAUAAUUUAGUUUUUCAAAUAACUGAUGUUUUUCUGAUUGGGUUACUGUGUAAGUACCACGAGAUGCCUGCGGAGGAGACUAUUAUUUACUGAGUUAAUGAUUCUUUUUGCAGUUUUAUAGACGUUCAGUACAAAUACAUGUAAUGCAGCUAGCUAUCCCUUGCGCAGGUUACCUUAAGGCAAAACAGUUUAAGAGGAGAUUUUUUUGUAUGUUACGUAACACGCGCUCAAAACUAAUGCGUAUAAUAUAUCACUUGAGGUUAUGACUAAAUUCAAAAAUUUUAUUUUUCGAUACGUUUCUCACUCGGCAAACAAACUUACAAAGUAUGUUUAGUGCUUUAUCUGUAAAAUAAUGCUAAAAUGAAGAGAUUUUAGAUGAUACGCCAAAGAGAAAAUGAUGUCUGAAGUUCAGUAAGUUUUGCUUAUAUGGCUGCAAAUAUGGCGUCACUGCAAAUAUGGCGUCACACAUUUAAAAAGGUAGCUAACUCUAUAAACUAGAGGAUAGAGCUAAAACAAAGUAAUUUUGAGAGGAACGCCAAAAAGAUUUUAGGUUUUGAACACUUUUCAUUGCAAAUACGUGACAUUGAAAAAAAAUGCCUCUUAAAUAACUAAGAUUUCCAGCAACAAAAGAUGAUCAUUUGGUGGCAACCUAAAUUAAAUCGCCCCCCCCCCCACACACACACACACAAUAUUUCGCAAAGUGUCCGCCACUUUGCGAGGUAACCACCAAAUCAAGUCGGUAAAAAUAUUCCUGCGUUUAGUGUAGUUUCUACAUUCGUUUGCAUGUUUUUUGCUUGUUUUCCUUGACAUUUGAUAUCAGAAUGAUGCGAUGGUUGACUUCGCUACCAACACAUACAUACAGCAAUGAGGGCAUGAUGGAUCUACAAAAGAACAGAGAUAUCAAUAGAAUUGGAGAAAAUUCCGCUGAGACCAAGGAAACAGAAAAGCAGAAAGAUGAAGAGAUGUCAUCCAACAACAGUGCCAUGGUUUCUUCUGAGGCAGCGAGUGAGAAGGAUUCUACAACAGAGCCCUCAAACGAAGAAAAUUUAUCAAGCUGCAUUGUAGAGCCUUCUACUGAGACUGGGGUUCCCGGAGAGCAAACAGAUCGAGAAAUGUCAUCCAACCACAAUAUGACGGUUACUUCUGAGGCAGCAGAUCCAUCAAACGAAGAAAGUUCGCGAAGCUGUAUUCCUGCAGUGGUUACUACUGAGACAGUUUCAUAAUCAAGACUUCAUCAUGGUUGAAUUAGCGAACAAGACAACGUACAUAUACGAUCAUCUUCACGUGAUGUUAUGGAUGUUAUGUCAUCUGACAGUCCAUGAAGCUAUUGUGCAGAUAGUGGUAGUAGACGACGGAUGAAGAAAGCAUGGACAAAAUCAAAUAUCUGAAAUAGUUGUCGUGAACUUUGGUUUUCGAUUACACAUGCAGAAUUGCUGUAAAUGUUGCUGUUGCUAUAAAGGUUGCUGUUGUUAUAAGGUUCGGCCGCACGAGGCGACAAGUCGCAGCCCGCAGGACUCACUGGUCGCAGGAUCUUGUCGCCUGAGAAAGAUCACCCGGAGCGAAAUUUCCAGGCAAUGGUCGCGGGGACAUCUGGUCGCGCGUAGUGGCAUUUUCAGGCGACAAGAAGUUCUGGUCGGUCAAUUGACAUUCUCUAAUUGGUCGAUUUUGAUUUUGUCCAGGCGCCAAGUUUCGUGAGCUGACGAGCUUGCUCUCACGAUGGGAUGCAAGGAGGUUGCAUGAAAUCAAAUCAAUUUCUGUUCCCAAACAAAAAUCUUCGUCCAUGUCACACGAUGAAAUUUUUCACUGCGACGAAUCCCUGCAACCAGUGCAGUCCCUACGACUUGCUUUCUCAUGUGACCGAAUCUUAAUUAAUUUUUUUCAAGUGGAGUAAUUAGAGAAGCUAAAAGUAGACAACAACGAGAACAAUGAAACACCGAAUUUCGUAUUUCGUGCACAUGUAUGAUAUAUAGUGAUGGGCGAUACCGAGUACUCGGUAUUCGAUACCAGCGAUACCACAAACAGCGGUAUCGGUAUCGAUUACUGACGUGGUAUCGUUCGAUACUUGCACCUUUUUUUAAACUACUUGUUUAAUUUCACUUCUUGGUUGAAUAAGACUUAAUGAACCACCAAAAUAACUCUUAAUAAUUCAAAUGUGGUGCGCCAAGUCAUGUAUAGAAAAUAUUUAUUACGUUUCGGGCUUUUGGUUUACUUAUAGCUUUAUUUAGGUUACAUACAGUAAUGUAAAAUUUUUUUUCCGCUGACAGGCAGGUAUCGAAGUAGCCGAUACUAGCAAUUUAAGUACUUAUUUCCGGUAUCGAAAAUGGAACUUUUGUGUUUAUUUUGGUAUCGAAAUAGGUAUCGGUAUCGGCCGAUACUGAUCUUAAAAGUAUCGGUAUCGGUAUCGAAUUAAAAAUCCUGGUAUCGCCCAUCACUAAUGAUAUAAUCAUGAUUACAUGAAGUGUCGGCGUGAAGUAUUGCUGGCGCAUGUUGGUUCAUGUUUACAUUUUGUCAAAAUAUUUAAUAUUUUAUUGAUAUUUUUUCUUUCUUUCGGGAUGUCUUUUUAAGAAAAUAGUGUUUUGUAAGGUGAGUUAUAAAGUAUAUGUGAUAUUUAUAGUUGUUUUGUGUAAGAAUAUCACGGAAGUUACCCAAACGUUUGAAAAAGAUGUAUGCUAAAUGAACAGACUUUUUACACAGACUGCAAGUAUUUUAUAAACUCUUUAAUAAAACACGCCCGUUAAAUAAUCGUAAAAUUCUCUCUUCAGGACAAAUUAUGCCAGUAAAUCCACGUGUACAAUAUCAUAGAGUGAAUGAUAGUGAUGGUUAUGUUGAUGCCCAGGUAAAAAAAUACUUGUGUUAAAAACAGAAUUUUGUUGAAUUAUACGAGGGGCAAUUCACUCCAAAAAUCCCGUACACUUCGUUAAAAAAUCCGGAAAAAAUCCAGAAAAAAUCCAUGAAAUCCUCAAAAUCCGUUGAAUCCAUCAAAAUCCAAAAAAUCCUUUAAAAUCCACAGAAAUCCUUCAAAAAUCCACAGAAAUCCUUCAAAAUCCUUAAAAAAUCCGCAAAUCCACAAAAAAUAUAUGAAGUACUUGUCUUUGCCACGUUCAAAAUGGCGGACAGCGAAAGCUAAACGCUUACCGUGAUCGCUGUCAUUAUAUUUCGUAAUUAUUGGACCACUCUACAUUUCCAUUUAUACGCUCGAGUAUACGCUAAGUUUUUUAGCCUAUUACUACUAAAUAUGUGUUCUUGUUACAAUGACGUUAUGUUGUAAAAUAUAAUUACAAAACCAAAAGUUAUUCACCAUUGUCUUUUACUGCUUUUGAAAGAAUAAUGAACUUGUUUGAAUUUUAAACAAAAUGACUGCAUGCCCAGCCUUCGUUAAUAGUUUCAGAAGGCUGUGGUCCUAGUCCCAGUCCUCUGCUCGACCCUGACGUCCUGGCAUAACGCUGACAUCGUACAACUUAAGAUUAUUUGUUCAAAACGUUACCUAGCUGUAUAACUCUAUAAUUAAAAAAAAUCCAGAAAAAAUCCGAACAAAUCCGGAAAAUCCAAACAAAUCCGGAAAAUCCAACAGAUUUUCAAAAAUCCAGAAAAAAUCCAAACAAAUCCGAACAAAUCCGGAAAAUCCAGCAAAUUUUCUCUUCAAAAAUCCGCUAAAAAAUCCGGAAAAAAUCCGCUAAAUCCGCUAAAAAAUCCGCGGAUUUUUAAAAAUCCGAAAAUCCCGUACGCUUUUUUGGAGUGAAAUGCCCCUCGGAAUUAUAGUCACUUGACUCACUUGUGUCAUAGCUUGUGUCGAGAGUGUCAGAUAUUGAAUAGCCAGGUGUUCUUCAAUCUCGUACCCAGAGCAAUGCCUGUGUGUGGGCUAGGAUGGCAUUGGCUCUGGGGAAAUUGAAUUUUUCCUGUGCUGUGAUUGGUUUAACGUUUAUCAAUUGUGCAUGCUGACAAAGAACCGGAACCCCUAAAUGUAGGGGUUCCGGUUGUCAAUUUCCCCAGAGCCCAUGCCAUCCUAGUCCGUGCACAGGUAUUGCUCUGGGUACGAGAUUGGGUGUUCUUAUCAAGAGGAGGAGAAGCCUUUAAUGAAGUGGCAGAAUUAUUUUUCAUAGUUUUGUUAUUCACUGAAAUAUAUCCAGGCUAGAGUUCCCUAUGUAAACCAGCACCUGACAGUCCACACUGGAAAGGGUCUGGAAAGUAGGCCACUUUAGCCUGAAAUCUCUUGCGGCAGGCUAGCUAUAUAUUUUGUAAUACUAAUUAAUUACUGAUAAACUUUGGUUAUUGCGGCAGUUCUCCUGUGGCAGUUUUUUGGUGCUUUUGGUUCCAGCAUAGACAAUGGGCUAUUAGCCGUUCCGAAGUUGAUGUGUGGACUGGGGACGAGUGUUAAAAAGUGCCCAAAUUAGGAAAUGAACAAAACCACUAAAAAGACUACCUCAAAAUUAGCAAGUAUACAAAGUUUGAAGAUGUUUAUAUGAAUACCCUUCGAAUAAUAAGCUUUCGAAAAUUGUGAUAUUUACUAUGAAAUAUAUUGUAAUUUUUGUUUUGGGGGAAGCAUUCUUUUAAUCAGUAAUUCCACAAUUUUCGAAAGCUUAUUAUUUGAAGGGUAUUCAUCUAAACGUCUUCAAACUUUGUAUACUUACUAAUUUUGAGGUGGUCUUUUUAGUGAUUUGGUUCAUUUCUUUUUAACACUUGUCCCCAGUCCUCUCAUCAACUUCGGAAUGGCUAAUUGCAUUUAAAAAAUGUAACCCCCUAUCGAGGAUAAGGGUUUUACUAUAUCUUUGAAGAGAUCUGCUGAAGCAUUCCUGUUGUAAAAACGUUACCCUGAAGAAUGUUGUUUAAUUUCUAGUUCCGUAAGCCACCACCAAAAGUACCUGUUAAAGCAAUCUGUUUGGCCAGCGGUCUUUUCUUUGUUGGAACAGUCUUGCUAGUUAUUGGAUCUUUGCUUUUCUCUGGCUAUUUUGACGUUAAGGUUUGUGCAACUGUGUAUAUGUUAUUAAACAAAGAUUCAAGUUAUUAGCUUAAUUGUUCAACAGGUUGAUUUUCAAGUAUCCAACCUUUAAAUCAUAUAACCACUGUAACUGGCUUUAUUUGUACAUCUUUGAUCAGUUUCAUAAUUCAGUAAAGAUUUGGGCUAUUAAGGUGAAAUAUCAGGCAUUCAGGUUUUCCUGGAAAAUGUCAGGCAUUCACUAGGUAAUUAAUGAAUGCAAGUGAGGAUCAAGCGAGUUACCCAAAUGCCUGACAUUUUCUGGGUAUCAAGCCACUAGUUGACUAAAAUCAUAAAUAUUAAAUUCCUCUGUGGAGGAGAGAUAUGACUUGCUGUACUUCUACAUUUACAACUGAUAGAGCUAUCUGGUAUAAAUGAAGGUAGAUUUAGUUUAAAGCUUUUUUACCCAUUUUUCUCUAUAGUAUGGUGAUAGAACAUAUCCAAUGCUUAUUCUUGGUUCACUUAUGUUUAUCCCUGGGUUCUAUCAUGUGAGGAUUGCUUACUAUGCUUGGAAAGGUUACAGAGGCUACUCGUUUGAAGACAUUCCUGAUUUUGACUGA